UUAAAUGCCAUUCUACAAUUUUCUCGUUAGUGUUUUAUUUAACCUAUCAAAUAGUGACAAAAUAUUGGCAAAGUGCUUGUUGUAAUGAAUAAUUUAAUUCGAAAUGGCUCCAAUUCGAUAUAGCCUCCACUAUGAAGAUUAUUCUGAACAUUUGAUGUCAAGAUUUGGUAAACUCUUACAAAUGCAAUCUUUAGUCGACAUGACGUUAAUGUGUAGCUCUCACACUUUGCGAGUUCAUAAAGCUGUACUUGCUGCGAGUAGUGCUUACUUUCAGGAGGUGCUACAAAAACAAACGGGAGAGCCUCUAAUAAUUCUAAAGAUGCGCUUCAGUGUUUUGAAAUGCUUAGUAGAAUUUAUGUACUGUGGAAAAACUCAGUGCCUUGAAGAGAAUUUGGAUGAACUUGUAUCUGCAGCACAAUUCUUAAAAAUUAAAGGACUGUCGAAAGUCACUAAGGAAGGUCUUGGUAUUGCAAAUAACAGUGAAAUGCCAGUCUUCACGCCGCCUGUUGUGAUAAACAGACCUCCGCAAUCACUUAUUGAUUUGCAUUCUCAGGAUACCGACAGUACCAAAGCGCAGCAGUCGUCACAGCUUGCGCCAGCUACUAGUACAAGCCAGCCAGUGGAUAGUCUCGGACGAAUGAAUAAGGAUAUGGUAGUCCGCAUUCCGUUUGACAUUGAAAAUGGGGGCAGUGCGCCUACAGUCGACUACCCCGACGUGCCAAGGGCUAUCAAACCACGCCGCGGAAGGCCGAGCGUUAGGCGAGCAGGGGCAUGGGAGGGAGCUGGAUCACUAGGCCGCGCUGCCGAACGAGCCUUGCUGCGACGAGAACAGGACUCACGCAAGGCCAUUCACCAGUUGAAACAUUUGCAGACUAGACAUAUGCAGGAUUAUAUGGACCGAGUGACUCUCUCACAAGCCGUCAACAGCAUCUGCGGUCCAGAAUCUUCCACCAACUACAUGAAUAUCGACAAUGACCUCAUGUAUAUGGAUCAGACGGUCUCGUCCAACGUUCUUGAUCCCACCAUCGCAUACAAUAAAGAGCACUCGAUAGGCAAUGAAACGAUCACUAGCUAUUCCAACACCAAUCCUACCAGUUCCGCUGAAACGUCCACAAGUGGCAUUAGUACGGCUAUGUCCCAAUACGUUAAUGCGUUGAAAAAUGCUGGACUUCCUACAGAUUUGCCAAUUCUCUUUGAAUCUGGAGAUGGUUCCUACAUCAACGUCAAUGAACAAGUACUACUAGACAUGGUGCAAAGCAGCGAAAUCCAAUACGAAGUUAUAGAACAACCAAAUAUAAUCGAAAAGGUUGCAGACCCGAGUGAAAUAAAGAGCAUCGAUGAUCUAUCGAAAUCUAUAGAAAGAGGAGAAAUGCUUCUUGGUAAUAAAGGGUAUGGUUCAAACUCUGAUUACGAUAAAGAUUCGUCGCAAUAUAAUCGCAACGAAGACACAAUCAACAGCCUGAACGCGAUACUACCAGAUAACUUGGAAUCCUUCGAAGAACAGCAAAACUAUGUUGUGUUAGACCCACGUUUACAAGAAAAUAACAGUUCAAUAGAUCAUGUAAAUGCUCAUGACUUCUCCUGCAUCGACGGUGACAUGCAAUUCUUCACUAAAUCUAUGAGCGAUGACGUAAAGAAAUAUUACGAAGAUCAGCAACUACAUGACGCUCGAGUUAUUGAGCAGUUAUGUCCUACAAGUAAUUCGUUAGAUACGAAUUUCAGUAUUUCGUUACUUGACACAAAGAGUUCACAUUUGAGUUCAAACUUAAGUCAACAGUAUAAUCCUCUUAACCCUGAAGAUUUGAGAAGGAACGAAGACUGCUAUGACUUUGGGCUGCAACUACCACAAAGUGCGGUUUUUAAAGAAGAUGCUCUUGAUUGCCUUAUGUCGACACCGAAACGUAAUGAUGACGACCAAAAUACUUACGAGGACAGCACACAGCUAGAUCAACGGGCGCAGGAGAGAGAUGAAAUUAUAAAAGAUCUAAUGAACAUUGAGAACAAAAUGAAUAUGGUACAUAAACAUGAUUCGAUAGCCAAGAAUGAUCAAGAUAAUUUAAAUUCAAGCUCCAACGUUCCAGAUUUUAACGUGAAUCCGCUGAAUGUUCCAAACGUGUUUGAGAAUGAGUCUGAAAAUAGUAAAGAAUUAAACAAUUCAAAGAACAGUAAUGGAGACUUGUCUGCAACAAUAACUUCGAGUGGAUUGCAGUGGGACAGUUUGGAUAUCAAUAGCAAAGAACCCGAUGAAACUGACGAUAACGUACGAAACGAUUGUGGAACGAACAACGAAAGCCAAAUCGAUUCACUGACGUCAGAAUCUCAGUAUCAAGAUUCUGUGAUAGAUUUAACUGGGCCUGUAAAUGUCAAAGCCGAGCAAUGGGGCGAUAUAAUGACUGAAACCGAUGAACUGAAUAAAGAAAAUGAACAGCCUACUACAAACGAUAACAACAUUAAUUCUACUAUAGAAAAUAAUAUUCCAUAUGCAGUGGGAUUGCUGCCUCUAAAACAGAUCCAACCAGCAGAAGAUGGAAGUUUACUGAAAAGGAAAAAUUCCAUUGAUGUUGAUUUACUAGAUAAUGUAGAUGCUAAAUGUUUAAAACGUAAGGUCAAAUACAAGAAAUUGUGAUAAAAUGUUGCUUUGUUUAUAAUAAAUAAAUUAAAUAUCCUACCUUUUUCAUUUAUUCACUCCUUUUAACACACGUGAAACAAAAAGUUACUUACCCGCCAUCUAAGGACCAUGAAUUCUGCUUUUAGAAAAAAAAAAAAACAAAAUUCCCUCAACCUUAAUCUGUUACCUCGAAUAUCUUGGAAUCAACUCUGGAUCGAUAUGGACUUUUGAUAUGUAGCUUCUUAUUUAGCUUCUGCCAGCAGUUUCACCCGCAUCCCAUGAGAACCUCUGCACG